AUGGUAUUUGUUUGUCCAAGUGGGUAUACCAAUACCGGUGGUAACUUGAAUGUAACAUGUCUAUCAAAUGGUUUAUGGACUUCGUUUCCAUUAUGUGUUAAUAAUAAUGGAGGUAGUCCCGUCACAACGACAACAACUACAACAAAAUCAGCAAGUAAUGGUUUAUCUUGUCCUGUUGAUGGAGGUACAACUAGUAUUGCAAAUGGAUACCCAGCAAGUUCUUCUCUUGCCUACACGUCGACUAAUGCUGUUACAGGUUCGAUUCAAUUCACCUGUUCUGGUGGCUAUGCACUUGACCCAACUAUUGGUGCGUCAUAUACUUGUAAUAAUGGGAUUUGGUCAACAAAACCAAGAUGUCUAACGACUAGUCGAUGUUCAUACACAGUGCUGAAAACCUUCCUCUCAACUCCAGGUAACACACAACCUACUAGCCAAUAUCGUAUUAUGAUGGCUCAACAAGACGCCGAUGCAGUACUUGUUGACUCAUACAUGGUAUUUGUUUGUCCGAGUGGAUACACUAACACUGGCGGUAAUUUAAAUGUCACAUGCCUAUCAAAUGGUUUAUGGACUUCGUUUCCACUGUGUAUAAUAAAUAAUGGAGGUGGUCCCGUCACAACGACAACAACAACAACGAAAUCAACAAGUAGUGGUUCACCUUGUCCUGUAGAGACGGGUACAACCAGUAUCGUAAAUGGAUAUCCAACAAGUUCUUCUCUUAUCUAUUCAUCAACUAAUGCAGUUACAGGUUCGAUUCAAUUCACUUGUUCAUCUGGUUAUGCACUCGAUCCAACUAUUGGUGCAUCAUAUACUUGUAAUAAUGGGAUUUGGUCAACAAAACCACGAUGUCUAACUACUAGCAGAUGUUCAUACGCAGUAUUAAAAAGUUUCCUCUCAACUCCAAGUAAUACACAACCUACUAGUCAAUAUCGUAUUAUGAUGGCUGAACAAGAUCCAGACGCAGUACUUGUUGACUCAUACAUGUUAUUUGUUUGUCCAAGUGGGUAUGCUAACACUGGUGGUAACUUGAAUGUAACAUGUCUGCCAAAUGGCUCAUGGACUUCGUUUCCACUGUGUAUAAUGAAUAAUGGAGGUGGUCCCGUCACAACAACAACUACUGCGACUACUACAACAACGAGAUCAACAAGUAAUGGUUUAUCUUGUCCUGUUGAUGGAGGAACAACCAGUAUUGUAAAUGGAUAUCCAGCAAGUUCAUCUCUUGCCUAUACAUCAACUAAUGCAGUUACAGGUUCGAUUCAAUUCACCUGUUCUGCUGGCUAUGCACUUGAUCCAACUAUUGGUGCAUCAUAUACUUGUAAUAAUGGGAUUUGGUCAAGAAAACCACAAUGUUUAGUGACUGGGCGAUGUUCAUACUCAGCAUUGAAAACAUUUCUCUCAACUGCAAAUAAUCUACAGGGUACUAGUCAAUAUCAUCUAGUGACAGCUCAACAAGAUUCUGACGCAAUACUCGCUGACUCAUACAUCGUUUUUGUUUGUGCAAGUGGUUAUACUAACGCUGGUGGUAAUUUUAAUGUAACAUGUCUACCAAAUGGUUUAUGGACUUCAUUUCCAUUAUGUGUAAAUACUAAUGGAGGUAGUCCUGUCAUAACAACAACUACUACUGCGACUACUACAACAACGAAAUCAACAAGUAAUGGUUCACCUUGUUUUGUAGAUGGAACAACAACCAGUAUCGUAAAUGGAUAUUCCAUAAGUUCUUCUCUUUCGUAUGCAUCAGCUACUGCUGCUACCGGAUCAAUUCAAUUCACUUGUUCAUCUGGUUAUGCGCUUGAUCCAACUAUUGGUGCAUCAUAUACUUGUAAUAAUGGAAUUUGGUCAGCAAAACCAAGAUGUCUAACAACUAGUCGAUGUUCAUACGCAAUAUUAACAAGAUUACUCGCAACUGCAAGUAAUCUACAGGCUACUAGUCAGUAUCAUAUAACGACAGCUCAACAAGACCCAGAUGCAGUUCUCACUGAUUCAUACAUUGUAUUUGUUUGUACAAGUGGGUAUACUAACACUGGCGGUAGUUUAAAUGUUACAUGUCUACCAAACGGUUCAUGGAGUUCGGCUCCUACUUGUGUAUUGAAUAUUGGAGGAGGUCCUGCCACAACGACAACAACGAAAUCAACAAGUAAUGGUUCACCUUGUCCUGUAGAUGGAACAACAACCAGUAUUGUCAAUGGAUAUUCUAUAAGUUCUUCUCUUGUCUAUGCCUCAUCUACUACUGCUACCGGAUCAAUUCAAUUCACAUGUUUAUCUGGAUACAUACUUGAUUCUACAAUUGGUUCAUCAUAUACUUGUAUUAAUGGUGUUUGGUCGACUAAACCACGGUGCGUAGUACCUGGUCGAUGCUCAUAUAUGGCAUUUAACAAUUUUAUUAGAACGGCAAAUACUUUAAAAACUACUGAUCAAUUUAAUUUGGUAGCUGUUUCACAAGAUACUAAUACACUUCUUACUAACUCAUAUUUCGUACUCACUUGUAUUGCUGGUUAUAUCAAUAUUGGUGGUAGUUUAAAUGUAACAUGUCUAAUGGAUGGUUCAUGGAGUCAAUUUCCUAAUUGUGUAUUAAAUACACAGUCAAGAGCCGACGCUUGGAGUGGUUCAAAGCCUUGUAACUACGAAUCUAGUAUGUUGAAUCUUACAAAUGGUUAUGCCGACUUUUACAAUGGAAUUAUGUCACCCACUGAUAGUCAAGCUGAGUCUGGAGCGUAUAUUAAUUAUAUAUGUAUGUCUUCGUACACUCUUAUUGGUAACUCUCGAAUAACUUGUAUAAAUGGCAGUUGGUCUGCGCAACCAACUUGUACUGCAUCAAAUCAAAGUAGUACAACAACUAAAGAAUCAUCAGCAGACUGUGCAAAAGUUCCAUCGAUUGCGAAUGGUAAUAUAUCGUCGACUACUUAUUCUCGACAAAAUAAUAGUAUAUACUCAAGUAAAGUCGAGUAUGUAUGUAUGGCUGGAUAUACACAUUUAAAUACAUCUGGUCAGUUAUCAGUAUCUUGUAUCAAUGGUAUUUGGGAUCCACUUCCUGUUUGUGCAGUAAGUCCUACUUGUGCAUUCAAACAAUUGGUAUCAACAUUGAUGAAUGUAAAAGUAAUAUCCAAGUCGUUUUAUUUUGGCAGUGAUGAUAUUCCUAUUGAUAAUUGGAUUAAAGUUCAAUGUAACGAUGGUUUGCAUUACAAUUCAUCAUCUGGACCACUUAACAUUACAUGUCUAGCAACGGGAGCAUGGACACCACUCCCAAUUUGCUCCUAA